AUGAUUUACAAAGACAGAUACUGGGCGCUAGUAUUCAAGGCUAGAUUCAACCUCAGAUUGAUUUUGCAACAGCAGCAACAGAACAAGAUAUUGUUCCAAGAGUUCAUGGACAGGAGCACACAAUCUGAAGACACAGCUCAAGGAGGGCAAUACACACAUGGUACGGACAAGAGAAACGCUGGGUAG